UACAUAAUAUCUCCAUAAGGAGUAACUUUUAUCAAUCGUCGUCUUCACUGUAAAGGAUCCUAACAAUUUCUUACUUCCGCCUCUUUUGAUGCGCGGAACCGGAUCCAACCAGCCAUUUUGGUGAACUGAGACAGUGAAAGAUAGCAGAACAGUUAACAGUGUCCAAAGCAAAGAGAGAGGAGAGAGAAAUAGAAAAGAGAAAAGAGAGAAAUAAAGAGAUCUGCUCACUUCUAUUGAAACUACUCGAUGCAUUGCCACUCUGAAUCCAGCUCCUAAGCCUCUCUGGAUAAAAAAGCAGAGAUUUUUCUGGACUCUUGCGGUUACCCGGACUGUGUUUAAUCCGAAAUAGAAAUUUGUCUUGGACUUAGUUCUUUAUUGAAUUGGCACUAAAGAGGAUGUCAACACUGCUUCAUCAUCGCGGAUUAACCAGCGGCAACAGCGAUAGGGAGGCAUUUGACCAGAGUUACACGGAGGACUCCUCUACAAAUGGAUUUGUAGUAGAUCCUACAAAUCCCACCGGAGUUUCUAGAAGCCAUAAAAAUCUAUUUCUUUUCCUCCUCAAGGUAGCUCUCGCUCUUGUUGUUAUCCUCGCUCUUGUUAGCUCACUCUACUGGACAGUUGGUUUCUCUACAUCAUCACAUGAUAUAAUCUUCAGAGGCUACCGGAGACUUCAAGAACAACUAGUUGAUGACCUCUCAGAGAUUGGAGAGCUUUAUUUGGGCGACUCAAGAUUCAAAGAGGUGGAAUUUUGCCCACCAGAGUUUGAGAAUUAUGUUCCAUGUUAUUACAAUGUCUCGGAGAAUUUGGAAUUGAGAGAUUUUGAUGGGUUGUUUGAGUAUGAGCGGCGUUGUGGUAAGGGGAUGCCAAAUAAUCAGAGGUGUUUAGUUUUACCUCCAAAAAAUUAUAGAAUUCCGCUGAGGUGGCCGACUGGGAGAGAUUUCAUUUGGAAGGAGAAUGUGAAGAUCAAACGCCACGAGUUCUCGUCUGGGAGUUUGACCAAAAGAAUGAUGGUGGAAGAAGAACAAAUUUCAUUCAAGUCUGAUUCCUUUAUGGUUGAUGGAGUGGAAGACUAUUCACAUCAAAUAGCAGAGAUGAUUGGGUUAAGGAAUGAAUCAAAUUUCAACGAGGCUGGGAUAAGAACCGUCCUAGAUAUAGGCUGUGGCUUUGGUAGCUUUGGAGCACACCUUUUCUCAAAAGAACUUCUUACUAUGUGCAUUGCUAAGUAUGAGGCCUCUGGCAGUCAAGUUCAAAUUACUCUGGAGAGAGGUUUACCUGCCAUGAUUGGUUCUUUUUCAUCAAAACAACUACCAUUUCCAUCUCUCUCCUUUGAUAUGUUGCACUGUGCUAGAUGUGGAAUUGACUGGGAGAAGAAUGAUGGUAUUUUCCUAUUUGAAAUUGACAGGCUCUUGAGACCUGGGGGCUACUUUAUAUGGACUUCUCCUACAAAUACUCAGAGAUCCUUGCGUGAUAAAGGUAAUCAGAAGAAGUGGUUGUUUAUUCAUGAAUUCGCUGAGAGUCUCUGCUGGGAUUUAAUGUCACAACAAGAUGAAACAGUAAUGUGGAAAAAGACAGCUACAAAGAAAUGUUACAGCUCUAGAAAAUCUGGACCCUCUGUGUGUGAUAAGAGCAAUGAUCUCGAAUCUUCUUUAUACCAACCACUCAAUCCCUGCAUUGGAGGAAGCAAAAGUCAGCGAUGGAUUCCUAUUGAAUUCCGAACUACAUGGCCCUUUCAAGCUAGCUUGAACUCUAGUGAACUUGAUGUUUAUGGGUUACAUCCCGUAGACUUUGUGGAGGACGGAUUGAAGUGGAAUGCAGCAGUUCACAACUAUUGGACCCUUCUUUCACCACUGAUUUUUUCAGAUCACCCAAAGCGUCCAGGAGACGAGGACCCUUCACCACCAUUCAACAUGGUCAGAAAUGUUCUCGACAUGAAUGCUCGGUUUGGUGGGUUUAAUGCUGCUUUGUUAGAAGCUGGAAAGUCCGUCUGGGUUAUGAAUGUGGUGCCCUUGGUUGGCCCCAGCUACCUUCCUCUCAUCCUCGACAGGGGCUUCAUUGGUGUUCAACAUGAUUGGUGUGAAGCAUUUCCAACAUAUCCAAGAACUUACGAUAUGGUUCAUGCUGAAGGAUUGUUGUCUGUUGAAGGUCAUCAGCACCAUAGAUGCUCCGUGCUUGACAUAUUCUUGGAGAUUGAUCGUAUUUUGAGACCAGAGGGUUGGGUGAUAUUCCGUGAUUCAGCUUCUCUUAUUGAAGCAGCCAGGUCUGUUGCUACACAAGUGAAGUGGGAUACACGGGUAGUAGAGCUUGAUGGCAAUAAUGAUGAAAAACUCCUCUUCUCUCAAAAAUUAUUCUUCAGGAGACAGUAACGAGCUACAUAUACAAGAAAAAUCUUGUAAAGUACAUAUAGCAUUCGUUCAUUCAUCGAUGGUGAUCACCCAUAUGUUAUGUCCUACUUCAAGAGAGGACUAGGAGUUUGGAGAUGAGCGAGGAGGACCCGUUUUUUGUCAAAACCACAAAGGUAUCCACACAUUUGUGUAAUUAUACCACAUGCAUAGAGGUGGAGAGUAUAGUGAUAGCCUUGAUUCACCAAUCAUGAAAUUUUUAUACGAAAGUAUGAAACCGUGGAGGUUGAAUUGCUUUUUUUUUUUAAUUCUUGAGGGAUCAUCAAAUAAAUGAUUUGUUGUAACAUGUGAUUCUUAGUCACGAACUACUAUUUUCUCCUUAUACCCACAUUAUUCUGUAAGAUCCUGAUUGUACUUUAUGGACAUACCUGUGAGUCGAUAAUGUCAAUUUAUUUAUUAAUUGUGAGAUAAACUUUUCCCC